AUGCCAUUUGAUGAUGUUAAAGGAAUGCAAAUUGCAUUAGAAGAAGCUAAAAAAGGAUACGCCGAAGGUGGAGUUCCAAUUGGAGGGGCUUUAAUUCAUGAAGAUGGUACCAUCUAUGGAAGAGGUCACAACAUGAGAUUCCAAAAAGGAUCAGCAACCUUACAUGGAGAAAUUUCAACUCUUGAAAAUGCUGGUAGAUUGAAAGGUAGUAUUUACAAAGACUGUACUAUGUAUACUACUUUAUCACCAUGUAUGAUGUGCUCAGGUGCUUGUUUGAUGUACGGAGUCAAAAGAGUUGUUUUAGGUGAAAACGAAAACUUCAUGGGUGCUGAAGAAUGGCUCAAAGCUAACAAUGUUGAAGUUGUUAAUCUUAACAGUCAAGAAUGUAAAGAUAUCAUGAGUAAGUUUAUAAAAGAAAGACCAGAAGAUUGGUUUGAAGAUAUUGGUAAAUAG